AUGAGCAAGUACAAAAGCCCGGAACCUCUAAAUUUGUUAAUGGAUCCAGGCUCGCGAGUCAGAAACGAUAGUGGUCUGGAUCUCUCAGCAGCUGGUCGAGCCCUUGUCACUUUAGCCAGUCUUAUAGGCCAUCUUCUAGGGGCCCCGAUGACUGAUGAUUCCCAAACAUCAGAUUCUAGGCUUACUCAGGUUCAUUUGGAACCACUAUCUGCUGGAGCUACUAACUCAUCUUUUUCAUCCCUUCCUCUCGAAGUUUCCCGCGCUAAUGAUCAUGACAUGACGUCUGCUCAAUCUAUACUUCUUCAGGCUGGGCAGAAAAGGAAGCAUUCUGAAAUUGCCACUGAAAAAACUCGACAGAGAUCGACUCUCCAAGCAUCGAUUCUCUUCGAAACGGCUGUCCGACUUUCGGUAGUUUUUGCUCAUCUUCUUCAACCGGAGUUGUCCUGCACUCCAGGUCUAUUGUCCCAUCAGGCUGCAAUGUCAAGCUUUGACGUUGUUCCGCGUUCUGAAUCUCUUGAUCAUUCUGCUAACAUGCCCCAGAUGGCUGGCUACUCUUCCUCAGCUGGUUGGGCUGGCGGUCUAGCCUCGAAUAGAGGAAAUGGUACGGUUGCAGUAGGGCUGAAUGCGACGACUACUGGCGCGGUUGGAUCUGGAGGUGGAGGCGCCAUUGGUUUGAUUAGCGGUAAUUGGGCUGGGGGCAGCGCUGUUGUCGCAGGCCCUGGACUAGCGGGGCCUGGCGCAAGUCCUUUUGCCGAGCCUGGAGAUCGUGGAGGUGGGACUGGGGGGUUUGAGGUUGUCACUGGUCCUACCGUUCGGUUCACAGCAACAAUCGCCUCGGCCUUAAUCCGAAUUCGGGCGUAUGUUUAUGGAUUAAGCCUUGACAUGGCCAAUUUUAUCCAAAUUAUGCUAGUGGUACAUAUUCACGCCCUAUUUGAAAUCAGCUCUGCAGCUAAGGCUUAUGUUAGGGAUCUCUGUCACUGCUUGGAUGCUCUUCGGUGUUCAACUUAUCAUGGCUUAGGCCUCGUAAUCGGAAUUUAUUACUAUUACGCUCAAUAG